CUUAAAGGUAAGUCUUCAAUAAAGACAGUCUGGGAUUUGUUCAAUGAAACAUUCUUCAUUUCUGUCCUGUAACACAGAAUCCCUGAGGACGAAAUACCCAGGUCACCUUGAGAUGAGAAGUACUCACUGGGCUCAACAACAUCACUGAAGGAAAACCUCACUCUAUGCAAAAAGUUUUAAAGGCUUUGCCUUCACAAGUUCUGCAAUGAUCAACUCCAGCACGGCCCAGCCUCCAGACCAGCUCUGCUCCCGGAACACCAUCAUCACCCAGCAGAUCAUCCCCACACUGUACUGCACAGUCUUCAUCGCGGGGAUCAUCCUCAAUGGCGUGUCGGGAUGGAUAUUCUUUUACGUGCCCAGCUCGAAGAGUUUCAUUGUCUACCUAAAGAACAUCGUUAUUGCUGACUUUCUGAUGGCCCUGACGUUCCCCUUCAAGAUCCUGGGGGACUUUGGCCUGGGUCCCUGGCAGCUAAGUGUGUUUGUGUGCCGCGUCUCUGCUGUGUUCUUCUAUGUCAACAUGUACGUCAGCAUCGUGUUCUUUGGGCUCAUCAGCUUUGACAGAUACUACAAGAUCGUGAAGCCCCUUUUGACUUCUUUCAUUCAGUCGGUGAACUACAGCUCGCUGCUGUCCGUGGUGGUGUGGGUGCUCAUGCUCCUUCUCGCCGUCCCAAACAUUAUUCUCACCAACCAGAGUGUCAGGGAUGUCACGAAUAUACAGUGCAUGGAGCUUAAAAAUGAACUGGGACGAAAGUGGCACAAAGCAUCGAACUACAUCUUCGUGAGCAUCUUCUGGGCUGUGUUUCUCCUGUUGAUCAUUUUCUAUACGGCCAUCACAAGGAAGGUCUUUAAGUCUCAUCUCAAGUCCAGAAGGAAUUCCACCUCGGUCAAAAGGAAAUCCAGCCGCAACAUAUUCAGCAUUGUACUUGUAUUUUUUGUCUGUUUUGUACCUUACCACAUUGCCAGAAUCCCCUACACAAAGAGUCAAACAGAAGCUCAUUACAGCUGCCAGGCAAAAGAAAUCCUGCUGUAUGUGAAAGAGUUCACUCUGCUACUAUCUGCUGCAAAUGUGUGUCUGGACCCCAUCAUUUAUUUUGUAUGCCAGCCAUUUAGAGAAACUUUAUGUAAGAAGUUACACAUCUCAUUAAAAGCUCAGUGUGACCUAGACACUUCCAAAGCCAAAAGGGGAAAUACAAUUCAUGAAAGCACUGAUACCUUGUGAACUUCCAACCCCCUUCCAAAUGAAGUUCAGGUAUACAUGCUGUCACCUCAGUUACACAGUCAUGAAUACGAAGGAUCAAUAAGAAACACACCUGGGAUAAUAUGCCUAACAUUAUCCAAAUACUUUGUACAAUCAUAAAGUUCAAAUUAAGUCUCCGUACUUCUUGGUUAAACUCCAACAAAAAAAUCCCAUCAGCAAAUUUUUCUAAUAAUGACCUUUAUUUUUCUUGUUAAUAAGAAAAACACUUAACAUACAAUUAUUUAAUACUACGCCACCAAAAUCAUAGGUUUAAAUUUAAAAUAACUAGUCUAGUUGAAGUAGAACUUUAGAUAUUCACAUAGGUAAUCUUCUUUCUCUAAAAGCAGGAAGUUAGGAAGGUGUAUGGUCCUUUUUAACACGGUUCUUAGAGACCAAUUUAAGAACAGGCAGAGUUUGAUUAAAAAAACAAAAAAAUGUUGUUUGUAGUGGAAAGGUCAGUUCUCUCUAAUUUGAAGCAGGGUUU